AUGUCUGUUAUAUCACUGCGUGGAAUACCUGAGGCCAACAAAGUGGUAGGAUCAAACUUUGAUGAUUGGUACAGAAAUUUGAGAAUUGUUCUCAUGCAUGAAAAGCUUAUUGAUGUGAUCAAUAAACCCUCUAAGGAAGUCCCAAAUAAGGAUGACGAUGAUGCCACAAAGAUUUAUCAGAAAUACUUGGAAGAAUGUCUUACUACCAAAUGCAUCAUUCUCGCUUCUAUGAGUUCUGAGCUCCAGAGGAAACAUCAGGAUAUGGAUCCAACUGCAAUCAUUGAACAUCUUAGGAAGAUGUUUGGUACACAAAGCAGGACAGCUAGAUACCAGCUAUCUAAGAGUUUAUUUGGAUCCAAAUUGACUGGAAACUCUCUAGUUGGACCCUAUGUCAAUCAUAUGAUUGAUCUUAUUGAAGAACUUGAGAAGUUGGGGUGA